GGCCAUCAGAGACAACAUGCGGCUGGACUGCAAGUGUCAUGGCGUCUCAGGAUCCUGUGAGCUGAGAACCUGCUGGCGAGCCAUUCCUAUCUUCUCCGACGUGGGGGCCAUCCUGAAAGAGAAAUUCGACGGCGCCACCGAGGUCAAACACGUACCCUCCAGACACGAGCUCGUGCCCUUGAACUCGCAGUUUAAACCGCACACCGACCAGGAUCUAGUCUACAUGGAAGCGUCACCGGAUUUCUGCGAGGCGGACCGCAAGACUGGCUCCCUGGGGACGCACGGACGCUUGUGUAACAAGAACUCCAAAGCCAUCGACGGCUGCGACCUCAUGUGUUGUGGGCGGGGCUUCGUGACCCGACAGGUCAAGGUCGUGGAGAGGUGCAAGUGCAAGUUCCACUGGUGCUGCAGCGUGCGCUGUAAAACGUGUGAGAGGAUUGUGGACGAGCACCGGUGUCUGUGACACGGAUGAGGUCACGUGAUCACCAGGACACAUCAUCGGCCUAGUAGGGAAUAAAUUAUGUAUAUUGCGUGCACGCACAGGGUGUCUAGCUGUUAGUGAGUUAUACUGUUAGCCAGAAAUGGCAAAUGGAAAUGUCCCUCUCCUAGUUGGACGUCCUUGAAACAAACCAAAAGCGGACAACCCCUGUCAGAGAGUGAUAUUGCAGGAGGCCAAUAAUGGCUGCCUGUCAUGUAGUGGAGGGUCAAGUGAUAUUGAAAACACCUACCCUACAUACUUUUACUGGGUGAUUCUAAGGAAUCACACCACGUCAUCAGUACCUACAUUUGCAAACAGGACGUCUGUUAUUGAGUGGUUAUAUCUAUGUUGCCGACAAAUGUUUCCUCUCCCCGAGUUUGAGGCGGAAGGGAAAUUCACAAAUUUACACACAGUACGUUUUUUAUUGAGUGAUCCAGUCUCUUUUUCACAUAUUGGCAUCAGGGAUUUAUCCAUAGUCCCUAAAUAUGAAAUGUUAUGAGGGUUUGGAAGGUAUUUGAUGAUGCGUCAUGCAUUAGAAAAAUGCUGGACUGGAUCAAAAAUCUAAUUCGUGAGUGAUGGUUUCCGACUGUCCGAAGGUACUGUUCAAACGUCUUUGAGGGAGUGAUACGGUAGGCUACUCCUGAAAAAUGUUGUUCUUCCUUAGGCAUUUGGGCACCUGAGAUAAACGCGUACACUCAGAGCGUGGUACUGUGUCAGAUUGUAAGGCGUUGGUGCUGGUUAGUAAAGUUAGCCAAUGACGAUAGACAUAAGGGUAUACAACGCAGUAAGUUCAUUGAAGAGUGAGAGAUCUUGCUGGCAGUGUUCCAUCGCAACAAAAUGUUUGUGCUUGUGUUGUGUAUGAUUUUUCUUUAUGUUUCAAAAUGGUGGAUGGGGAAGAUGCGAAUGAGUGGCAGAAAAUGUCAGCUGCAAUAAGCACACGCAAAGGAUCAGCAAUCUGUAUGGGUGUCUUGUGUUUCUUCAGGUGGGGCAUACAGACAUUUGCUGCUUCGUCUUUCUCUUUAAUUGUGAGAGCAACAUCUAUGGCAUUCGUCCAUCUGUUGCGGUCUUCUGCCGUCUGUUCAAAAGUUUAAAGGCUGAUCUCGGUUAAGGUCAGUUCCCCCUUGCAAGAGUCUUUGUAUCUUAGCACUGGAUGACAUUUGGCCCUACUUUUGUUCUCCAGUUCUUCACAGAGUACAUCUACAGGAAUUAUUCAGUUUUCCACGCCUUAAAAGUAUCCUAUUCAUCCCCGUGUACGAUGCAAGCAAUGUGGAAAUACUGUGGGCACUACAAAUAUUUCUAUAAAGAGUGUAGUACAGCUGAAUAAUAUACAGAAGAAUAGCCACCCAUCAUCAAUAUAUAAUACUGAGGGAGUUCAUGAAUUGGAGACAAUAAAGAGAUCAAUAUCGACAUGUGUGGCGAAUUGGCUGAGCUCCUUGGCUUCAGAAUAUUUGGAGAAAAAAAAUCAAACCUGCAUGUGCUCGGUUCUCCAUGUGGAAGGUAAUCUUUAACGUAUCUUUCUGUUGCGAUGGUUUUCACACAUGAAGCGUUGACCUCACAAGUCUGCGCAAUCUGCCUGCUCAGUGAUCUAUUUUGUGCCGGCGGGGAUGUAUUAUAUUGGAAACAGAGAUGUGUUGUGAAUUAAGUUCCUAUCGUGUGUUCAUGUCUGAAAACGUCUCUUGAUCAAUCUUUACGAGCGUAUCUGAUCUCAGUGUUUUGGCAUUGGUUGUGUUGUCUGGCUCUUUGUGAUCCUCGUUUGGCAUAUCGCUUCGGAGACCUCCGAAACUCUGACUUUUUCAAAAGUCUGAAAAUUUUGGAAUUUCGACAAGAAAUUGCUAUUUGCUACGUGGUGCUGUGUAUUGCAUUGUAUAAGACACAAUGAAGGCACACAUAAGUGAGUGAUAAAUAAUGACCCCUGUGUUGCAGAGACACACAUCUGACUCUAAUGAGAACGCCCAUGAGACAUAGCCGUACGCUUGCUUGGAGGAGACCUCAUAAUCCUUCAAUGCAGUAAGAUUCAGUGAUCGCCAGUCGUAUUUACGGCACACCUUCGUAUGGAUACAUGUACUCAACAGUGCACAGGCUGCAACUAACUCCCCCUAAUGGUUGCUGAAAGUUACCUGUUUAUCAAUACAGGCAAAACACUUCACGCCGUCUUGGAAGUUGAAGAACGAAAAUGAAGGACACCCCGCCGUGUUAAAAGAUCCCCCUCCCUUUUUUUUUUAAAGAUGAAAGAAACAAAGAAAGAUACUAUUCAUUACUGUAUUCUUUCUUUAUUUCCCACUACAUCGAUUCAAUUUCUUUAACUGCGUGAACUCAAAUCGGGUGAAAAUUCAAAUGCAGCUGUGCCAGCCAGCCUGUGGAUUUUCAUUUGCUUUCGCCGUCUACCCUGGGAAUGUAAGCUGGCUUUGAACUCCGUAAGAUUUGGCAAGUCUCUGUGUGUGUGUGUCUCUCGCCCUUAAAAAGGCUAAAACAGCACCUAUACACGGAUACCUGGUACCUCUAUAAAGGAAUUAUAAAUGGUCCAGGCGCUUUCCCUGUACAAGCUGGCAACAAUGACUGACGUCAUGACGUGAUGGCGGGGUCGGACCUGGCAGUCCGUGUGUCUCUCCACGCCACUUUCAAACAUCACCUGCGUUGUGACAUGAAUUUUCGCAGGACAGGGAUUUACGUCACUUUAGUUCAUGGUACGAUAGUCUAAUGAUGGGCGUUCACUUCCAGAAUAGCCGAAUCGUGGUACAAGAGGUUUCAGUAGACUGAAAAAAGGCAACGUGACUAUUUGUCGGUUAAAGCGAGUAAACAUUUCCCUUUGAAAUAUUUUUUCCCCGGCCAAAAUUAAUCAUGCGCUAAAUUGAUUUGAGUGAAGAAUGUCAGUUUCCGUUUGGUAAAAGCUUCACGGCGCUCACAAUUUCAUAAUGUCAUAUGAGCAUGCGGGACAAGAUGAUUAUUUUCAAUAUACACCCAGAGCUGCUCGGUACAAUGCUUAACAAAGAACGCUAUCCCAUGUUUGUGUUCAGAAAGAGGGAAAGAGAGAGGGAAUAGCAACAUUAUGUCAUUAUGCCCACAAGGACGCUCUGCUUGGACCAUGUCCAAAACUUGUCCCAAACUCACUUGAUCAGUGCGAGCUGUUCUUCGAUAGUGGUGUUGAGAAGUAGGAAAAAGUGAAGUUACUUUGUUUCAUAUACAUGUAAUUGAAACUUCAGGGACGAAUGUUUACUCGUGGAUACUGGCAAAUAGCAAAGCAGGUUGUAUUGUACUCAUUCAAAAAAGAAAAGGAAAAAAAAUGAUAUGCUUGUUUUCUGCAGAAACUAAAUCUACACACAAGUAAAGUUUUGAGCCGUGGUAGUACGGCUUUUUUUUUUUUUUUACUAUUGUGAGUAACUGCUUCUGACGAGCAGUAAGUGUGCUAAAUGUAUUGGAUUUUUAUUUUCAUAAUGCCCAUCAUUAGACUCUACGUGGAUGGAGAAGUGUCGGACGAGUAUGAAUGAACAGAAGGAAGGAGUAUCGAACUUGAUCAUGAUUCAUUACCUCUGCAACUCACCUUAUAUAUACAAAUAUAUUAUUACCUUUAUGUACAUUUGUUUUAGGCAUAUUUAUUUACAUGUGUUUUAGUAUCUUAUGUUGGAUUAUGAAAUGUUUUAUCAAUGUUAUGGGUUUGGCUAUUGUCUUGCACACUCGCAAACACGCACACAGCACACACACGCACGCACGCACACACAUACACACACACACGCACACACACACACACACACACACACACACACACACACAGCUUACACACACCCACACAUGUGCGCGACAGUUUUCCUACAUGCAUACGAGUUGUACAAUGUAUAUUUGACUAAUGCAAUGCCUCACCGUUUGUUGUCUAUGGAAUACAUGGUGGCCAAAAAGACUUUAUACUUAGGGAAAGUUUAAGAACUGAUUCUAUUCAUUAAAUGCUGUUACUACCCUGCAUAGUUGUGAUAGUUUGAAAUAUGAAGUGGUCAAUAUUUUUGUGGCGAGCUCAUUGAAGAAAAA